ACCACGGCGGCGACAAUGGCGAGAGUCGUGAAUUGUUUUUAGUUUUCAAGAUUGUUACCCUUCUCUGUGGUCAUAUACACUACUUAUGAUGGGAAUUGAAGAUAAAACACUGCUUUGUUUCUGUCACUGGGGCAAAAUGAAUAAGGUUCUACCCGAUGGAUCCAUUUCGUAUGGGGGAGGUAUUACUGAUCAGGUUGUUGCAAAGACGGGCGUAAAGUACGAUGAUUUUGUAAUUGCAGUUUUUGACCGCUUAGGUAUUGAACCUUCAGAUAAGAUGUUGCUUUUUACAGUGAAGUUUGAUAGGUCAGAAUUGAUACGGCUGAGGGACCAAGAAGGUAUCGAUACUCUGUUGCAAUUUAACGAUGAUUAUGCUCACGUUUAUGCAUCAAGUCUGGAGAAGGAGCCUGAUUCUAGGCCUCCAUCAGGUUGCACGAAAAAAGUUGAACAUAUUAUUGCUUCUAAUAAACAACCAGAUACUACUCCGGUAGGUGAUGAUCUGAAUGGUAAUAAAUGUGGAGUUUUAUCCAAAACUGUUGUAGGAAAGCUACCACCUCAUCAGGAUAAUCAAGAACCAUUUGUCGGGCAAAACAAUAUUCAAAAUGAUUCCAAUGCUCUGUUCCAUCAUCGAAAUUACCAUCGACAUAAACGACUAACUUCAUCUGGAAUCCAGGAAACGUUCUGGAGAAAGUGUGACACUUGCAACACUUGGUACAUGUGUGAUGGGAAUGAUGUCAAUCGUACUCUACGCUGCAAGACAUGUACUACCUUUGAUUUAAGUUCUCAGGGUGCUGCUUGUAGACCGAAACAGAGUCAGCCUGGAGGCCAGGAUAAGCCCCUUGAAUCUAAGCUCAACAAGCCUUUAGAGCAGAGAGAGCUUCCUAACCAAGGAAUCUCGAGAAUGACUGGGGGCAGCGCUGGGUUUCCACCUACCCAAACAGGAUCCCAACAGGUCGCUGCAACGACAAAGGUGGAUUGCAAAAGCAGGAAAAGGUAUCGGAAGCAGAUAGCUGAAUCGAGUGAAAGUGAUGAUACUUUAAUCAGUGUGGAUUCAGAAGAUUUGGAAAGGGAAAUGGACAGAAUCCCCCUGCUGGACAAACUAUUUAGAGCUAGUAAACCUUGA